UCUCCGUUUUGUUCUCUGGUUUUUAAACCAAAUCUAAGUGGGAGAAAAAGAUGAGAAACUCAGGUAACCCAGUCUAUGUCAUUCCUAGUAUCAAUGCUAUUAAAUAAAACUGAUUUAACCACCAUUGGGAUAAUAUCCAUAAGAAAAAGGCCAUGUAUUAUCCUAGGAAUAAUGAAACGGCAUACAAUUCAUAAUUUUAUGCUCUCAGCUCAAAUUAGCAUUUCUUUUAUGGUCAUCAUCAUGGUAUCCCAAAUAAAUUUUUCUGAUUUAAGAGAUACUGUUAGUGCUCUCAAUCAGUAAUAGAAAGUCUUCAACGUUUAAAUUUCCUUUUUUGGCCCCCAUCAUCUCUUCAUAAGAGAUACCAUUUCAUAAUACAUAAUACAUAAGGAUGUGAUCUUGGAAAAUAAUUUCUUUAACUGGGGAGUAGAAUUAGUCCCAGUUAGCCUAAGACGGACUAACACUUGUCCACAUUUCCUCUUAUUUUAUCUCAUAGUCAGCAAGAGAUAAGGAGAACCCUAGAUACCCCAUAUACCUUGCUGUGAAACUUGUCACUAACAUAACGAAGUGAACUGUUCAUUUCCUCAUUACUGGAGUCUGAAUUGCAAUGUACUUUCUAACCGAAUGUUUUAUUUUGAUAAUUUGAUAAUUUAUGAUAAGAUCUAGAGUGUUACUGACAACCAAUAUCCAAGGAACCGCUGUUAUACCCCAGGGCAUUGUCCUAAAGGUUAUAUGUGUUCUCUAAAUUAAUUAAUGAAAAAUACUUUCAGACUAGAAGUCUUAAGCACGGGUAGAAACUGGAAACUAAUGAAUAAAUUAGUGAACACUGUGGGAGAGCCAACCUCAUCUUGCAUUGUUUUCUGGACUUGCCAUCAGUUCAUCCUCCACAUCAGUUGAAAUGGGCCCGAUCUCUCACACAGCUAAUCACCAGAUGGUCCCAUAGGAUGAGAUUUAAGUAAACUGUCUCCCACUCAGAACAAAUGCAUGAAGAGUAAAGAAAAAUUUCUUCUUCCCAGCAUCCCAUCAGACUGAGGACAUUAUAGCCAAUCGUUUAUUGGAGUCUAUAUAUUUAAUAAAAAAAUUUGAACUCAUUGUCCUCUGAAAGCACAUUUUUAUUGGUCUUUAUUUACUGUUUCUUCUGGUAUAAUUGUAUUGUUUACAGCUAUCUCCUUGCUAACUGAAGAAAUCCAACUUAGUUUCAGUUUUGCAUCAGUAGUUCCAUUCAAAAUAAUACAAUUUAAUAUUUUACUUCAUGCACUCCCAUGUAUGAAUCAUAUUUCAGAUAUUAAUUUUAAAAAACAGCCUGAAAAUUGGGAAUUUACAUGAGUUCUUAUUCCAGUGUCCUCAAUUACAUAUUAAUUAUUAUUCUGCAGUAUAUAUUCCAAAACUUAAUGAUACCAUGUCAUUAUCAUAGUGAUCUAAUUUCCUAUAUUUGCUAAAAUUGAUUUAAUUAUUUCCUAUCGAGGGAGCCUGAGCCUGUAUAUUCUCCUCCCAUCAGUAAAUAUACGUAACCAAGAUUUCCACCGCUGGUGGAAGAUAUAAACAUUUCUUGUCCCUUUUGUUUUUAAUGUCAUAUACCAGGAAAAACCUUCUGGUCAACAUACCUGACAAGAGAAUUGCCUAAAAGUGCAGCUUUUCUCGUUACCUUGACUCUGACAUAAUGAAAUAGAAACCUCAUGCUUACCUGAAUGUUAUACUCUGGAAUGCCAAUCUCCUUGGCCAGCUGUCUCCUCGUAGCUGUAUCCGGAAGAACAUCAAGAUAUAACUGAGGCUACCAGGCUGGCUACUGGAUCUCCGAUGUGGCUUUAGACUUUCUUUUCAUCGAGAAGUGGGGACUGGAGACUUGAUAAAAAUCAACAUAUCACCGAGUCCUGCUGUUCUAAAAUCUGAGGUCUCUUGCUGUCUGGGUGCUGCAGGAAGAAAUCAGCCUGCCAAGGCCUUUUGGAAGUCCACGCGUUGAGUUGUGUGGAGUCCCGUCCACUCGAGUCCCUGAGACGCACAGGGGGCCUUGAGCGCGGCCAUCUUUAUUAGGAAAAGCAGACCUCGAAGCCACCAAUGCAGUUUGCAAGGAGAUCUUUGAAAAAGACUGUGUGUAAGCUGGAGGUCGCUGAUGGAGUGUGGCCAUGGAGAUUUCCUUUAAAUGGGGACCCUGCUCUCCGGUCCCCCCUGUCCCCACCGCUCUCGACUCCUCUGACCUUCAAUGCUGAUAAGUAUCAGUGGCCUUUUAUCAUCGCACCUGUUUUGUUAUUAUCUCAUUGCAGUGUUAAGAGAAACACGAAAUAAUUUUCGUACCCAGUCUUUAUCAAAAAUCAGGAAAUGGACCGUCAAUGAACAAUGUUUCAUGAAAAAUGUGAGGGUGUACUUAUCGGCGGACGUGAAAAGAGUGUUCCUUUCGGUUUAAUAUGUAGAUAAAGUGUGUCCGUCUGAGAAGAAUGCAACUUAAGAUUUUACAGAAUAAUAGUAAGAAAUAUGAGCAAUAGCUAUAAAAGGUAAAUGAUUAAGAAUUUGCAAAAAUAAAAAGGAUUAAAAUUUCAAGAAGGUUUGGUUUUGAAUGUAUAUAGGUGAUACCGUUGUGUAACUGUGGUAUAAUGUAUGUCAUCCAGUUAUGGAUUUAAGCAGGGUUAACAUCCCUGCUUUUCAGUGCCUGCUGCUGUUCUUCUGGUUGAAGAGAUUUUAUUAGGCAAUAGUCAUUUAUCGGACAUGUGACAAAAUUCUUAGGCCUAAAAUAUACUCCAAGCAGUAGAUCAGUGGAUCAGUCAAGUUUUCUUUGGUCAGAAGCAACAGAAACUGCCUCUGACUCUUACGCAGUACAGCAGUUUGUUGGCGGGAUCUGAGCUAGUUCACAGAACUGGGUCUCGGGGAAGAUGGGGUAGGGAGGGACCUUCAGCGUGGCAGCAGAGCCAGCUGAGCCCGCAGAGCCUGCUGUUGGCCUGGCUCAGCGGCUCCAGCUGUUUUGGUCUUUCUGCCCUUUGGCUCAAGACUCAGAUUCCAAGAAUGGGCGGAUCUGAUGGGCCUGGCUAGGGUCACAGGUCCACCACCCCUGGGCCUGUGGGAAUACCAGGCUGCAAGGUGUUAUUGCUCCAAUUCACAAAAAUGAGGGGAUAGUAUAAAAAUAUUGAUGAGAACAGAAGUGGAUCAGAAAAAGAGUGACUGGGGAUCAAGUGUGAUUCACUUAUACUGGGAUAAGUGAAUCUGAGAGUACAAUGAGUUUGAGUAAGCUGCCAAUAAUCUGUGAAUAAAACCAAACCCACAGCAAGAAAAAAAAUCCAAAAGUGAAAUAAUAAGUCCAACAAUGACUACCUGGAACUUACAUUUUCCUUUCCCGGGAAUUCAUUAGUCCAGUUUUUAAUGUGUGGUCUGUUGCAAAGUUCAAACUCUUUCAGCUUUGAGCAUCACUGCAGACUAGGUGGUCUGAAAAGGCUUCUCAUUGCAAAACAGUGCAGAGGACACACCCUUCGAGUUAUUUUGGCCCUCACAGACUUUAGGAGAAGAUUCUAAGAAGAGUGAGCUGAGGUUGAGCUGUCAACAGCUGGGAGAGGAGAGGUUGCCUUAGGUCAGGUGCCCAGCAGCACAGCUGUUAGAUUACUUAACUGGUGGAGAGGGUGAGAAGCCAAGCCACAGUCCCUGCUAGUGGCGCCCUCUGCUGACCAGAGGCAGAAGCAAACUCUGAAAGAAAGUGUAUCCAAUUUAGACCCAUAGGAUACUUAUCAAGACAACAAACUAACAAUCAUUAUGAAGGCACAUGGGAAGGCAAGCCACUUGUUGGUGAUUUUGCUGUUUAAAAUGCCUUCCCCUGACACACACGCAAGUAUAGUGCUGAAGUGUUGUCUAGUGCUUCUAUGCACAAGAGGGCUGCGAUGUGCCUUAAGGAGAAAAUACAUGUAUUAGAUAAGCUUCUUUCAAAUAUGAGUUAUAGUGCUGUUGGCCAUGAGUUCAAUGUUAAUGAAUCAACUAUAUAUUAAAUGAGGUGCCUCUAGAAAUAAACACACAGAAGACAAGGUUAUGUAUUGAUCAGUUGAUGAAAAUGGUGUGAUCGGAGGCUCACAGAACCUAACUCUGUAUUUCCCCUAAGAGCAAUGCUCACUAUUUUUUAACUCAGUGUUUGCCACAACCUUAUAGAACAAAAAUACAGAAAAUAAUGAAAGCUGACUGUAGUUCAAUUCACCAGGAAGAUAUGACAAUUCUAAAUUUGUGUAUCUAAUAAAAGAGACUCAAAACAUAUAAAACAAAAAUUAUUAUAGCUAUAGAAAGAAACGGAUAAAUUCACUAUCAUAACUAGAGGCAUCUUUCUUAAUUGCUGAUAGAUCAAACAGACUAAAAAAAAUUAGGAAAGAUACAGAAGAUUUAAACAGAACGAUCAACAAACCUAAGGCUAAUUGAUGGGUAUAGAUAGUAUACAUUUUCCUCAAGCAAAUAUGGAAUAAUUAAAAUUUUUUCUUAUUACAUACUAGGCCAUAAAGCAAGUCUCAGAGAUUUUGAAGAAUUGGUAUUACACAAAUCACGUUCUUCAACCAAUGGGUUAGAAGUAGGUAUCAAAAGUUAAAUAAAACUAGUCAUACAUAUGGACAUUGAAAAACAUAUUUCCAAAUAGUUCAAGAGCCAAACAGAAUUAUAAUGAAAAUAUAAAAAUACUUAGAAUAAUAAGGAAAGCACAAUGUACCAAAAAAAGAUGCCAAGAAAAUGGAACUUAAAUGCCUAGUUUUUAAAAGAAGGCAAAAAAUUAAUUGGCUAAAUGUCCAACUUAAAAAUUUAGGAGAACACAAAAUAAGCCCAAAGAAUGUUAGCAGAAAACAGAUAAUAAAGAAAAGGCAGAGAAUAAUAAACUAGAAAACAAAGAUUUUUAAUACUAGUAAUAAAAAAAUCUAGAAACAAAGAUACAAACAACCAACCAAAGAUCAAUAAAGAUUAUUAUGCAAGUACAGAUGAGAUGGAACUCUGGAGAAACUAAUAAUGAAUUGACAAGGGAAGAAUAAACAGUAUUAGGAAUGAGAAAAAAGAUGUUAACUUUUACAAUAGAGAUUUUAAAAGAUAGUGAGUACUAUAGUCCUCAUGCUAAUACAUUUGAAAACAAACAAAAUGUAAAGUUUCUAGAAAAAACGUAACUUAGCAGAGCUGCCUUUCUAUUGUAUAGUUCAAGAAACAUUUAAAAAAUUGGGCAGCUGUAGAAACAUCCCCUCAAAGUAAACACCAGGCCCAGAUGGUUUUCAAACAAGUUCUGCAAACUUUUGGAGAAUGGACCACUUCCAUCUCCCCAACUAGAUCCACAUAGCCAGUAAAACGGAUAAGGAUGAUAUAGGAAAGUAAACUCACAGGCUAAUCUAACAAACACAAAUGCCAAAAACCCUAUACCAAAUACUGGCAAAUAAUAGUGAUUAAAAAGAUAAAAUAGUAAUUCCUGAAAUUCGAGAGUGGUUUAAUUUGAGAAAGUCUGUGUUUCAUCAAUCACAUUAAAAAAUUAAAGAAGGAAAACCAUUAGAUGAGUUUAUCUGAUGCCAAAAAAUUAUUUGACAAAAUUCGAUCCCAGAUUUUGAUUAAAACAAAGCCUAGAAAUAAAAGGGGAGUUCCUUAACCUAAUUAAGUAAAUCUAUUUAGCAAUCUGUAUUAUACAUUAUUCCAAAUGGAGACAUGUGAGAAGACUUCCUUUGACCAAGACAGAGAUGCCCACUAUUAGUGAUGCUAUUCGACUUUGUAUUGGAAGUCUUAGCCAGGGAGUUACGACAAGAAAAAGAAAUGAAAGACAUAAUUGUAAACGAAGAAACAAAACUGUCAUUAUUGAUUCUAGGUGACUCGACAUGGAAAAGAAUCUAAAGAUAAAUUAUUAGAAAUAAUAAGAGGGUUUGGUAGGAAAUGGCUAAAAGCAUAAUAAGGGAAGACAUCAUUUAAUUGCAACCCAAAAGAAUAAGAUAUCUAGGAGUAAAUUCUAUCAAAAGAUGUAUAAGACUUUUAUGCAGAAAAUCAAAUUUUAUUGAAAAACCUUAAAGUAGACCUAAUUAAAGUGAGAGAUACAUUGGGCUCAUAGAUAAGAUGACUCAAUAUUAUAAAGAUGUUAAUUUAUCCACAAAUAGAUCUAUUGAUGAAAUACAAUUCUAAUCCAAAUCUUAGCAGGGCUGUGUGUGUGUGUGUGUAAGUUGCCAAGUUGAUUCUAAAACAGAAAAAAAACAGACAAAGAGCCAAGAAUAGUCAAGACAUUCUUAAAGAAAAAGAACUAGGUGGGCACACUUGACUUACUAGAUAUUAAGACUUGUAUAAAGCUAUAAUAUUUAAGAUUGUACAGGCCUGGCAGUUGAUAUAGACAAAAUGACAGCGUAACAGAAGGGAGACCUCAGAAAGAGUCCUGGGCACAUGUGGAACUUUGAGAUAUGUCUGAGGUCACAUUGGAGACCUGUGGAGAACCGAUACUGGCACAACUGGGCAUCCAUGUUGGAAGAGGUGGAAUCCGUACCAUCACAAAAAAUCCCAGACAGAUUUGAGGGCGUGUGUGCAAAGAACAAAACUUUAAAGACUUGGAAGAUGACAUAGUACCAUAGACCUCUUAUGUUGAUCUAGGGGAGAGCUUCUUAAACAAGAGCCCUAACUGUAUAGUAUUAAUAAAUUUGACUUCCUUAAAACUAAAAUUAAGACCACUGUUUAUUAAAAACAUCAUGAAGAAAUCGAAAUUGAAAACAUAGGACACCAUACACAGAGCAAACAAUAUUCAAAAUGUAUUAAGAAUUCCUACAUAUCAGUAAGAAAAGGGCCAAGCCACCCCACAGAAAGCAAGGGCAAGAGACGCAAGCAUUAGCUUGUACAAGCAAUAAACACGUGGGGAAAUAUCCUCUGCCUUAUUAGUAAUUAGGGAACUGAAAAUUAGCAAUGAGGUAUCAUUUUAUACUCAUUGGACUGACCAAAAAUUAAGGCUGACAGUAGCAAGUGCUGUGGAGGACAUGAGUCAGCAGAAACCCAAAUACUUUGCUGGUAAGAGUGUCAAUUGGUACAAGUACCUUGGAAAACAAUUUAGCACCAUCUUCUAGAGUUAGACAUAUCCUAAUAUAUGGCCUGACGUAGCAAUGCUACUGCUGGGUAUGUACACCCUGGAGAAGCUCCUGCAGAUGGUUUAGGCACACUUAACUAUGGAUAAAAUUACUAAACUAAGAGCAAGAGAAGGGGAGAGAGAGGGCGAGACACAUAGGUAGGUACGAGAUAGCGGUAAUGUUCUAGAUCUUGUGCUGUGUGCAGUAAUUUUGAUGAUAUAAAGAAAUCAUUUUUUAAAUGUUCGUUUUGCAUAGAAUAACCUAAAAGUUUUCAUCGGAGAAAUUUACAUUAAAAGACAGUUAACAUGGUACAAUCUUUACUAUCAAAGAUUGUUGAUUGGAUAAUUUGACUUUUAGGGGGCAGUGGAUGCACACAAGCUCGCUCUUUAGGGAUUAAGAAUAUGGUGAACAUAACACUCUGUUUUAAACCCACAAUUUAUUCCAUAGAAAAUCUGCAAAUCCAGCACAGAUACAGGCAUAUCUCAGAGAUAUUGCAGGUUUGGUUCCAGAUCAUCUCAGUAAAGGGAGUAGCACAACAAAAUGAGUCGUAAUCUUUUCGCUGGUGAAGGGCCUUGCCUUCAGCUUGGAAAAAACAAACAUCUGGAGCGCUCCAUAAAGCGAAGCACAAUAAAACGAGCAUUUUAUGGCUACAGAGUUAAGACAAGGGUUGAAUUCCACGAGUCAAAAAACAGCGCUUUUCUGAGCCCCACCUCUCUGGGAAGCCCAGGGACCCUGGCUGGACUGAGGGGAGAGCUGACAGAAGCAAAGAGGCUGGGCCUCGAACGCUGAGGGGGAAUCGGUCCUUGGGGAGGAGAAGGAAAGCCCGUGCGCCUGGCCGUUCUGUUUCCACAGCUGCCCAUGGUGUCUGCUGCGGCUGUCCUUGGGGAUGGCAGAAUGACGGAGAUGCUCUUGGUGCUUCUCUACAUCUUACAUGCUUCUGCCAGUUGUGGUGUCCAGAAUACCAAGAGUCUAGAAACUUCCGAGGAGGGUUUGGUCAGCGAAAAGGAGUUCCCGUGGAUAGUGUCGCUGCAGGAUUCUCACUACACCCACCUGACUUUCGGCAGCAUCCUCAGCCAGUUCUGGAUCCUCAGCAUCGCCUCUGCCUUUCAGAACAGGAAGGACGCUGUCGCUAUAGUUGGUAUAGCUAAGAUGGAUGGCAGAGUGAUUGCUCAUGAAGAGUAUCCAAUCAAUAAGAUCGUCAUCCAUGAAGACUUCGAUAAUGUAACGAUGACCAAUAACAUAGCCCUCCUGAAGACAGACACGGCGAUGCAUUUCAACAAUCUGGUUGGGUCCAUCUGCUUCCUUGGCAGAAAGCUGCAUUUGUCGUCAGCCUUGAGGAACUGCUGGGUGGCAGGAUGGAAUCCCACGACUGCAACAGGACAUCACAUGACGAUGAGUAUCCUGAGGAAAAUCUCCGUGAAAAACAUCGACCUGUGUCCCUUACACAAUUACAAGAAAACAGGAUGUGGCUAUCAUGUAGAGGAGGAAACUGAUGCCGUCUGCUUGGGGGAUCCAGGAAACCCAAUGAUGUGCCAGCUACAGCACCUGAAUCUUUGGGUGCUGAGAGGAAUCCUGUCCAAAGGGGGUGAGAAAUGCCCUGGCCUAUUUCUGUACAUCAGGGUGGAAGACUACAGCACCUGGAUCACGUCCAAGACCAAGAGGACCGGCCUGCCCAUGUCUGUCCUCCACCACUGGGAGCAUUCGAUUCCUUUCUUAAGCAACUCGUCAAAUGCCUCCGCAGCACACGCAAAAAAUGCUGGGCUGGGCAGGGCUAUAUGGUCCCCCAAAUACUUCCAAGGACAAAGAGAGGCCACAAUACAUGCAGGGCCAGACAACAGCUCUAAACAUAAUCUAGACUUUAAUGAAACGACUCCAGCGGCAACAAGCAAGCCUCUCGACACGGCCGACACAGCCAACGCGGCCAACGCAUCUGACACGGCCAACGCGUCCGACACGGCCAACGCGUCCGACACGGCCAACGCGUCUGACACGGCCAACGCGGCUGGUACGGCCGACACGGGUGACACGGCCAACGCGUCUGACACGGCCAACGUGCCUGACACGGCCGACACAGCUGACACGGCCAACGCGGCCGGCACGGCUGACACGGCUGACACAGCUGACGUGGCUGACAUGGCUGACACGGCUGGGGCGGCCGACACGGCCAACGCGGCCAACGCGUCUGACACGGCUGACACGGCUGACAUAACCGACACGGCCGACACGGCCGGCCAGCCUAUGUACUAUGACUAUUACGGUGGGGAGGCGGGGCUCUCAGGUCAGAACCGGGUACGUCAGCCCCAAGAAAUCAUCUUGUUUUCCUUUCUGCUCGUUUUCUUUUGCAGUGGUAUGCAGUAGGGGCCAACCCUCCAAACGGAAGAGCAAGCUCAGAAUGCUGGGUGCCAGGCACUCGCCAUGCUGUUUUGGUGUCUAUUUUUGAUAGUUGCCCACCUGGGCUGCCACGGACAGACCCGUGGCACAUACUGGGCUGGCUUUCCCUCCUCUGUCCCACUUCCGCACGCGGGAAGGUCACCUUCAUUUGUGCUUGUGAACUAAAUGUGGGCUAACAAGUGUCAAACCAUUAGAGUGCCCUGUGGUUCUUUCAGAGUAAACGGUUCCAGGGGCCAGGCUGUGAAAACACUCCCCACGGGCAGCUGUGGCCUGGCAGAUGACCAUCAGCCUGGCUGGACACCAGCCAGCACAGGGGACAGUGAGAGGACCUCAUGACUAGAAAGAAGCUGAUUAUUUUAAUGGAUCGCUUUUUCUACAGCCAUGGACUCCCUCUGGCUAUUUCCCAGGGCGGCAAAUAGCCAACAACUGCUCAUUGGUUGUUUUCAUUUUAUUCCAAGCUUUGCGGUAGCCUUUUAAGGACAUCUGCAAAAAAAAAAAAAAAGGAAAGA